AUGCGCCCUCCCCCUGCUGGUUCUCUUUCUUCCCACGCUCGACGGUCCUCGGGACACCAGGCUUCAAGAGCGGCAGCCGAGUCGGCUUUUGUAGCUGAGAGGGAGGCACAAAUUGAUUCAUUGGUGAGGAGGAUCGCUGAACAGAGGCAGCUUGAACAGGAGCUUCGUAUCAAUAUAGAGAACUUGGAAGCGGAGCGAAGUCGUGAAAGGGAAGAGGCUAAGGUUCGCUUGGAGACAGUUGAAAAUGAGAUGAAAAGCUGGCAGCGAAAGCAUGCGGAAGAUAUUCAGCAAGUGCAGAGAUUACGCGAUGAGAAGAAGGCAGCUGAAACGUACCACGCUGAGAGGAUGAGUGCAGCUGAAGCGAGGUCUCAGAAGCAGGAGACGGAGAUUGACGUACUUCGACAAGAGCUCAAGGACGCUGAGGCAAGGGCACAUAGUGAGUCUCGGGAGAGAGCAUCGCUGGCGCGAGCACUGAGGACUGCUGAGGACCGUCUUGGAGGGGCAGAGGUCGAGGUAGUUCAACUGAGAGCAGAUCUAGAUGAGAUCUGCCGUGAGAACUCUGAGUUGAAGGACCGAUACAUGACAGCAGGGGAACGGUUCGAGAGGCUUAUGGAAAGUGAAGAGGAGCACACCAAGGAGCUGACCAAACAGCUUGAGGAUGAUGUUAAAGCCGCUCGAGAGAAGGCUGAGAGAUAUAAGACCAAGCUGCAGAAGAGUCAGAGUGGUGAAGCGCAACUACGAGAGAGUCUGUCUCGAGAGCAGAGUAGGAGUAGGGAUCGAGAAAGGGAGGUCGAUAGGCUCAUGCGAAUGGUCGAGGAUGAGCGGACAGCGAAGGAGAAAGCCCUUGCUGAGCUAAGCCGGGAGGAGAUGAUGCCGGCUAGGGUACAUGAACAGGUGGUUGCUGACCUAAGGCAUCAAGCGGCGAUGCAGUUAGAGGAUAAGGACCGGACGUUGAACGAGCAGUGGCAGCAUAGGUUGAAGGAUAAGUUACAGUCGCAAAAGAAUGAAACCGCUAAAACGAUGGAUCGUAUACGGGAAGGGAUAAAGGAUUUGGACAAGCAGAAGGACGAAUUGAAGGGAGAGAACGAUAGGCUGAAAGACGAGAAACGACAACUGCAGGAGCAUGUUACGGCGCUGGUCGAUAAGCUGGAGACGGUUGAGAGGGAACGACGCUUGUUGGAGGACAAAGUGGAUGAGGUCAGUGAAGAGUUGGAGAAGAAUAAAGCGUUGUACACGGUUGAGAUGAAUAGAGGACUGCAGUACCAGGGAGAAGUGGCGAGGCUGCAAAGGAACGAGCAACGACAGGAGCAACAGGUUGAUGAUUUGAAAGCGGAGGUUGACAGGUUGCGGCAGACUCAUGGGGAGGCACAAAGGAUAUUGCAGGAGAAUCCUCGACUGAAGGGAGAGAUAAGCUCGCUUACUGACACUGUGAAGGCGCUUGAGCGGCAGGGGGCCGAGGAUCAGGAUGAGAUCCGAGCUUUGCAGAAGGACCUCAAGGGGGAGAAGAGGAGGUGUAGUCGGCUGAGUCAGGCAGCUGCGAUGACUAAGAAGAAGUUGGAGGAGCCAGUGAGAAGACUGAGAGAAGAUUUACUAAGUCUUCGCUCUGAGGCUAUCACCUACUUUGACUGGACCGCUGACUGGAUCGCCACUCGAUUACGAGAAGUGGCAAGCGAAUAUGGCUCGGCGGCCCAUGUGCAGCUGACGAGGCAUGCGGCGAUGUUGAAGGACGUGACCAGUAGGCUGGAGGAGUCGGAGGGGCGUGGGACUAGGUUGAGGGAGGAAGUGGAGGUGGGGUCUGGCUGGGCGGGAAGGGAUCAGGACUGGGAGCAUGUUCAGGGCUUGAGGACAGCGACUGAGGAGAAACAUGAGGAGCUGAUCGCAUUGAAGUCAAAGGAAGCUGCUUCUAGAGCUGCGUUAGCCGCAGCAAGGGAGCAUAUUGCGGCGAUGGUUGGGGUGAUGGAUAGAGUUAUCGACAUGCCGGAGGAUGAGAGAAUGGGGGAAGAGCUCGCUGAUGCCCUUGGGAAGAGUGAUACAUUCCGGCAUGUGCUGUCGCGGUACGAUGGCCGUGUGACCAGAAGGAUCUCAUCGCUGAUGAAAGAAGCUCAGGGGGAGGCGGACUCGUUGGCUGCUAGUUGUUUGGAGCUUGAAUACCGCUGUAAGAAGGCCGAGGCGGAGUUCAGGAAUCAAUCGUCGGUGCGAUCGAGUUUGGAGACUAUGGCAACGCAGCGAUCAGCGGAACUGGAGGGAGCGCUUGAACGGGCUAAAGCCUUAGAACAUCGCUGUCGAGAUCUCGAGAAGAAUGCGAGAAGUGCUCAGGCGGACUUCCAUGACAAGAUGCAUGCUGCGGUCCGUCGAACGAAGGACGGCCUUCGUGCUGAGAUCGAUGAGUUACACGCCCAGAUGGUUGACCUUCGAAGGCAGUUUGAACAGGAGGCGGCAAGAGUUAAUGAGGAAGCUGCGGCCAAAGCGGCGGCUUUCAAGCGCAAUUGUGAGGAGAAGCUCUCAGAAGAGCGGAAGCAAGCGUCAGCCGAUGUUGACUUGGCGAGGAGGGAGAAGGAACGAAUAGAACAUGAGAAGAAGCGUGUGGAGGAGCAGCUACAUGCAGUAGAGCGGGAACUAUCACGAGUGCUGGGUGAGAAGCAAGAGAUUGAAGAUGAGACUCAACACAUACGAAGGGCACUGAGUACGGCUGAGAGACGCCUAGAGAAGGAUGAGGACACGAUCAAGGCUAAGGAUGAUCAGGUUGCUAAACUGAGUCAAUCGAGGAGUAGCGAAGUUUCACGGCUCAGAAGGACUAUAAAUGAGCAGAACGGCGAGCUGGAGCACUUGAAAAGCCAGGCUCGGAAGGCGCGCGAGAGUCGCGACUCGAUAUAUCGUAUUAUCUCCCAGACAGCUGGGCGACAUGGUAUAGGUGAGACCAGUGCAAUCUGCAGUAUCAUAUUGGGUAGGCUUGUGUGCCUCUUUAGACAUGGCGCGGUCAACAGCAGGAGGGAGCAGCCCACGUGCUUCCAUGGGACGGAUGAGCUAUCAUGGAUCAAUGGAAAAGAGUCCACGAGCUUCAGCGUCUAUGUCGAGGAGCCCGAUGGCUUCAUUGGUGGAGACCACUUCCCCACACUUUACGAUUUCGCCGACCCUCCCCAAUAG